AUGGGAAGGCAACUAAUAGUAGAUCCAAACCAUAUCUGUUCAAAAGUGAAGCGUCUUCGAGGAAAACAACUGAUUCUCUGCAAGAAUGAGCCCGACUUUAUUGACAAGAUUAAAAGGGGCGCCAAAUUAGGCAUAAAUGAGUGCCAGAAUCAGUUCAAAGAUCGCAAGUGGAACUGUACGACAGCCAAACCUGCGAUUCGCAACUUUUUAUUAAGAGAUUCCAGAGAAACAGCGUUUGUUCACGCGAUCACUUCGGCUGCCAUUCUCUACGAGAUCACAAAAGGGCUGAUUUCGUGCUCAAAAAGUGAUUUUGAUUGGAGGGGUUGUACAGAGAAUAUAAACUUAGGAUAUAAAACAACCAAACAAUUUAUGGACGAAGGAUUCCCGCGAAGAAGUGAUAUCAAGAAAUUAGUACUCCUUCAUAACUAUGAGGCCGGAAGGCUUGCUGUGAAGAAUAAUAUGAGAAAUGAAUGUAAAUGCCAUGGAAUGAGUGGUUCGUGUAGUUUCAAGACUUGUUGGAGAAAAUUACCACUUUUUAGAGAUGUUGGGAAUCGACUUAAAGAGAGAUUUGACGGCGCGAUCAAAGUGAUGGCCGGCAACGAUGGCAAGGGUUUCAUCACUGAGGGAAUCACUAUUAAACCACCGGAAAAGGAAGACAUCAUCUAUUCAGAGGAGACGCCAGACUUCUGCGAACCCAAUACACAGACGGGAUCGUUGGGAACGAAGGGACGCGUCUGUAAUAAGAGUAUCGCAACCGAUGGAUGUGAUCUGCUUUGCUGUGGUCGUGGCUAUAAGACUGUCAUCAAAGCUGAAGUGGUCAACUGUCGGUGCAAAUUCAUGUGGUGUUGUUCUGUCACAUGUGAGAAAUGCAAAGUCAAACGCAAAAUACAUAGUUGUUUAUAA